AUGCGCACGCAUCAGAGACUCAUCAACAUCAUCAGAGCUGUACAGCCGUCUCGGUUUGCUAGUACAUUCACAGGAAGAGCUAGGAGGCCAAGUUCGGCACCAUGGAUUUCUGCAGCUGCUACCGUUGCAGUAUGUGGAGCAAGUUUACUAUACUGGAGCAACACCAUACAAACUGAGAAGUCACAGAUAUCACGUUAUGGUGGUCCUAAUGAGCUUCGACAGGCCAUUGGCAGAUUCAGAGACAUACUGAAUACAGAAGAUAUUUCUCUUGAUGCUGAUGAACUCUACGCUCAUGGUUUCAGUGAACUUUCGCAUCAUCAAGCUGGAUCUCCGCAAGUAAUCGUGUAUCCACGAAAUACGGAUCAAGUGUCACAGAUUCUCAAAAUAGCAAAUGAACUAAGGCUGCCAGUCAUUCCAUACUCUGGAGCGACAAGCGUUGAAGGACACUACUCUGCGCCAAAAGGCGGAAUCUGUGUCGACAUGCAGCACUUUGAUAAAAUAAUAUCCAUAAACCAGCAUGAUCUAGACUGUGAAGUUGAACCUGGCGUACCAUGGGAGGAUUUGAACAGGACUUUAGAGUCGCAUGGAGUCUUUUGUCCUGUAGACCCAGGUCCAGGUGCCAAGAUUGGAGGGAUGGUUGGGACAGGAUGCAGUGGAACGAAUGCAGUAAGAUACGGGACGAUGCGGGAUUGGGUUUUAUCAUUGGAGGUUGUUCUACCUGAUGGGCGGAUAGUAAAGACUAGAUCAAGGGUCAGGAAAUCGUCAGCUGGAUAUAAUUUGACUCAACUAUUUAUUGGCAGUGAAGGUACUCUCGGAAUAGUGACCAACAUCACUUUGAAGCUAGCAGUGAUUCCCAAAGAAACAUCAGUCGCAGUGUGCGACUUUGAGAGUAUACGAGACUGUGGAGAGGUAGUACAGGAAGUCAUGUCGAGUGGAAUACAGAUUGGAGCAAUGGAGAUAUUGGAUGAAGUCAUGAUGAAAGCAGUCAACCUCAACAGUACCGAGUUUAAACUGCCUGAAAAGCCGACACUUUACUUCAAAUUCUCUGGCAUGAACAAAGAAGCAGUACAGGCAGAUAUCAAAAAAGUCGGUGAGAUCGCAAAGGCUCAUCAUGGAGGAUCAUUCAUCUUUGCAAAGACAAUAGAUGAACAGGAUGAAAUAUGGCAAGGACGAAAGAUAGCCGUUUGGUCAAGUCGUCUACUCAAGCCAGAUUCCAGCUUCUGGAUUACGGACGUCUGUGUUCCAUUGUCAAAGCUGGCUCACCUUAUUGAAGAGACGAAGAAGGAUGUCACGGCGUCAUUUCUUCCAGGACCUAUACUUGCACAUGCUGGAGACGGCAACAUACACGUCCUGAUUCUAUUCCACAAGGACAAACCCAAUGAAGUUGUCGAAGCUCAACGGCUGAAUGACCAGUUGAUCAAGAAAGCUCUGGCUCUGGGCGGCAGCUGUACCGGAGAACAUGGUAUCGGGUGGACAAAGCGGAAAUGGUUGGAACCAGAACUUGGGAAGAAUUCCGUUGAUCUGAUGUUUGAUAUCAAGAAGGCAAUGGAUCCAAACGGGAUCAUGAAUCCUCAAAAAGUCUUACCAGAUCGUGACUAG